AUUAGUAUCAAUACAGUAACAUUUCAUACUAUCAACAGAAGUGGGUUAACGGUUUGACAUCUUGAUCUUUCAUAAAGGACAUAAAAACAUUCACCAACCAACAUUGUGUGUUUAUCUCUUCACAUUUCCAUUUUUGAGCUAAUAAAGAAAAUGGGGAAAGCUACAAGGUGGUUCAAAGGUUUGUUGGGUAUGAAAGAUAAAGAAAAUGUGAACAAUUUAAAUUCAAGUGACCGAAAAGACAAGAGAAGAUGGAGCUUUACAAAACCAUUGAAGGAGACUCAGUCAGCGGCCGCGGUGGCUAACAUUAAUCCUUUUGCUGCGACAACUGAUGGCAAUGCUAAUUGGUUGAGAUCUUAUAUGUCGGAAACAGAAAAAGAACAGAACAAGCAUGCAAUUGCUGUUGCUGCAGCCACUGCUGCUGCAGCAGAUGCGGCCGUGGCUGCAGCACAAGCUGCAGUUGCGGUUGUUAGGCUUACUAACAACCGUAAAGCUACACCUUGUAGUGGAGGUAAAGAGAAAUGGGCUGCUGUCAAGAUUCAAACGGUCUUUAGAUCCCAUUUGGCUAGAAAGGCUUUAAGAGCGUUAAAAGGACUAGUGAAACUACAAGCACUUGUGAGAGGAUUUCUAGUCAGAAAAAGAGCUGCAGCCACUCUUUAUAGUAUGCAAGCUCUUAUUAGAGCACAGGCCGCCAUAAGAUCCGAGCGGGCACGUCGUUCGUUUACAAAGGAUCCCCGCUCUGAGCCCGAAUCCCGCCAUAGGAAAUCCAUUGGGAUGAGGUUUGAAAAUGAGAGAAAUGAAUUCCAUAGCAAGAGACUCUCGACUUAUGAAUCUAAUACAUAUGAUGAGAACCCGAAAAUAGUUGAAAUCGACACGUACAGGCCACAUUCAAGAUCCAGACGCAUCAACACUUAUGCGUCUGAUUCUGGUGAAGAAUCCCAAUCACAUUCCCCUUACAACAACAAAAACAACAUGCCAUCUCCACUACGUUGCACAAACCCCGCGUGUAUUUCAAUCCCCGAAUUCAACCAUCUUCAAGAAUUUGAGUGGGGAUUCGCUGCAGACGACUACAAGUACUCAAACACUGCUCAAAGCACUCCUCGUUUCGUUAAUCAUUCAAACCGGUCAAACGGGCCAGCCACUCCUGCCAAGAGUGUAUGUGGAGAUAGUUUUUUUAGGCCUUACUCAAACUACCCGAGUUACAUGGCGAGCACACAUUCGUCUAAUGCUAAACUAAGGUCACAUAGUGCACCUAAACAAAGGCCCGAGCCGGGGCCAAAGAAAAGGCUGUCACUAAAUGAAAUAGUGACAUCAAGAUAUAGUUUAAGUGGUUUGAAGAUGCAAAAGACUUGUUAUCAGGUUCAAAAAGCUUUUGAUUUGUAAGGCUAACUAACUAGUUAGCUACUUAAAUUAUCAUUAUGUUGUUUUUGAUAGAAAAUUUAAGAUCUUGCAACAAGAAAUCCUUUUUCUUGGUUUUGUUUGUGUAAUAGGAUCCGAAUUGAACAUGGGUGGGUGUCUUGUGUAAAUUGUAUGUAAGUGUUUGCAAUUUGACCAAAUGAAUCUUUCUUUGAAUUAA